AUGUCUUGGUUAAGUGGCAAUCUGUCACGUGGGUUCCAAAAUCUUUCUGGUCAAUUGAGUACUAUGACAAAAGAUAUUCUGACAGAAGUAGCAAAUGAAGAACAUAGUGAUCCGAUGACAGAAUUAAAAAUAGCCAGAAAUCAAAUACAAGAACUUGAGCUGAAACAACAAGCAUUUCAAGAUGAGUGUAUAUCAUUAAAAAAACGUUGUGACGAGUUGACCAUGCAAAAACAAGCAGUAGACAUCAAAGCUGACAUGUUGUUAGCUGAGAGUCGUAGAACAAUUGAAGAGAAAGAUAAUGAGCUACGGCGUCUUCGGGCUGAUCAACAGCAAACGUUUGUCAGUAAUAGUAAUAAUGAAAACACAUGGACAGACCUCCUUGAAGAGGAUGAUCAACCUAAGAUAUCAGAAUUUAUUAAAUAUGAACGAAUAAUUAAAGAAUUGAAAGAUGAAAACGUUCAUUUACGUAAUGAAACAGCGAAUUUAAGAAAAACAUUAAAAUCCAAUCAAUUUGCGAAAGAUUCGCGCCGACGAGAAGAAGACGUUAUUGCUGUAGAACAAGUGUAUGCUGAACAAAUUGCUACAUGUCGUGAACAAUAUGAACAAACAAUAGCAAAAUUAAAAAAACGAAUACAAGAAUUAGAAGAUUGGAAUGACCAAGCGGAAAGUGUUGAAUUUCGAAAAAAUCUAGAAGUACAAAAAGAUGUUGACGAUGUUGAUAAAGAAUUACUCUCCCAAGAACUUGAACAAGCAAAUGAAAAAUUAUCUUGGUAUAGUGAUCAAUUGAAACAACAACAGACACCACAAUUUGAUUUAAAUGAAUUACAAAUAAAUUAUGAUUCACUUAAAAAUGAUCAUGAUCAAUUAAAUAUAAAAUUAAUUCAGAUGAACGAUGAAUUACAACGUAGUCAAAUAAAAAUUCGCAAUUAUGAAAUACAAUUGCAAAGAAUUGACGAGUAUGAAGAAACAAUAACAACAUUACAACAAGAAUUAGAUGAUACUAGACAAAAAUAUGCCAAAAAACAACAGCGAAAAACACAAGACAAACAACAACAAACUGAAAUUGAUAAUAAAGAACAAGAAGAUCAAGCUGAUUUAUUAUCUGAAGAACGUGAACGUUGUGAACAAUUAUCAUCGGAUUACGAAGGAAUAUGUCGUCUAUUAGAAGAAACUCGUUCAGAGUUAAACGAACGAAAUGAAGCGCUGGAAUAUAUGAAUAAAUUAUCACGACAAAAUGAAGAUUAUGAAAAGAAAUAUUCUGAUUUACUGCAACUUAAAAAUAAUCUUCAAGAACGAAGCACCUCACCAUUCAUGUCUGAUCACUUAGAUAAUACUGAAGAGAUGAUUUUGAGAGAAAAACAGUUGAUUGAAAAUUUAAAUAGCGUUCAGGAUGACAAGAAUAUGCUUGAGUUGACGAUCGAAAGUUUAAAUGAGCAAAUAAAAAUGUUAAAAGAAGAAGCACAACAACCACGAGAAACAAUUCUAGUAAAACAUGAAGAAAAUGAUGAUCAACUAAAAUUUGAAUUGGGCCUACGCGAAAUGUUAGAAAGACAACUUAUUCAGUCAAACGAAGAUAUUCAGUCAUUACAAAAUGAAAAUGAACAACAACAAUCGAGUUUAAGUGAUUUACAAGAAUUAGUGCGAGAAAAAGAUAAACAAAUACAGAAUUUUGAACAACAAAUACAAACGCUUAAUUCAACGAUUCCACCUCCGUCACCAACCAAUCGUGCUCGUUCACCAAGUCCCCAAACGUUCGAACGCCUUCUUGAUUUUGAAGCACAAACUUUAGCGAAUGAAGAAAAAUUAAAACAAUUUCAACUAGUUUAUGAUCAAAUAGUUGAACAACUACCUUCCGAAUUCAGCGAUAUUAUUUUUGACCAUCAUGAUGAGUUAUCAUCUUCAUUGGCAGAUAAAUUUUUAAAUUUAUUUGAAAAAUGGUUCACAUAUGUUCAACAACAAAUGGAUACAAUGUCUAUUACACAUCAAGAAUUAGAAAAUUUAAAACAAAUAUUAUCAGAAAAAAAUGAUGACUUAGAAAAAUUACAAUUUGAUCUUGAUUUAAGAGAAAAAAAAUUAUUUGGAUUACAACAGCAGCAUCCUCUGUUUCCUCCAUCACACGAUAAUGAAUUAGAUACACUUACGCUCGACCAUAUUGAAGAUGAUGAUGAGUUGAGAGCGGAACAAGAAUUAAGAAAAAUAUUGGAGCAACAACAACAUCGACAAUCUGUACCAUUAGCUCUUCGAAGUCAGUCUGUUACAUCGUCGACGUACGUAUCAAGUACACCAGGUGAAAAACAGCAAUUGAUUGCUCAAAAUGAAUUAUUAACAAGCAUUUUAUCAGAAAAAGAUCGUGAAUUAAUCCAAUAUCAACAACAAGAAAAACUUAACAUUGAAAAUCUAAAACAAAUUGAAGUUUUACAAAAACAAUUAAAACAAUAUGAUUUGGAACGAGAAUUAAAACAAAUUGAAUUACAUGAUAUUCGAAAUAUUUUUGAUGAAAAAUUACGAGAAAAUUCUAGUUUAAAAAAGGAAAAACUUUAUUUUAUUGAACGAUUAACCGAAUUAGAACGAGAAAAACAAGAACAACCAUUGACUGUUUUACCCUUACAAGGAACUUCGCCUAACGCUGAAGGGACGAAUCAAAAUGAUCAAAAUGAAGAUAUGACAAAAGAAGCUUUACAAGCCAUGGCUAAACUUGUCUGUGAAAGAGAACAAGAAAUUCAACAGCUAAAACAACAAACUCCACGAAUAGAACAGCAUGAUCAACAAAACGAAUAUAUGCAAUUGAAAUCGGAGUAUGAUCAAUUAAUAGAAUUUUCCAAACGUCAACACGAGGAAUCAUUACUCUAUUAUUCCGAAUAUAAUCGUUUUGUUCAACUAUACAAUGAUGUAAAUACAAAAUAUUCUCAAUUACAAGUAGAUUAUCAACAAGUACAAUCUUUACUUACACAAAAACAAGAAGCGUAUCUGUUAACACAAAACGAAUUAACAUCAUAUCAAAAUUUACUCUAUCAUGAAAAAAAGAAUACUGAAGAUUAUGAACAGCUAAAAAAAAUUGUACAAGAAAAAAAUAUCUAUAUACAAACGCUUAUUGAACAAGAACAACGUUUACAAUUGAAAUUAAAUGAGUAUGAAACAGAGUUAAAACUAUUUGAACAAAUGAACUUUGAUAUGAAAACAAAUGAAAGUGUUUUAUAUGAGAAAAUUGAUCAAUUAACACAUCAAAAUAAUUUAGAUCUAUUACAAACGGAAUGUAAACGAUUAACGUAUGAGAGAGAUCAAGCGAUGAUUGAAAUGAAGAAAUAUCAAUUGGAAAUUGAACAAUUGAGAUAUACAUUGAAUCAAUAUGAUGAACGUGAAAAACGAUAUGCUCAAGAAAAUGAACGUUUACGUUCUCAUUUGUUAACAAUUGAAGAAUCAUAUACAAUUGAAGGUGUACAAAGUGAAGAACGUGAACAAACUCUUCGUACUCAAAUGUUAACAUUAGAUGAACAAGUAAAACAACAAACAGAAAUAAUAAAUCAAUUAAAUUCGACAUGUGAAUCGAGUAAACAAACAUUAGCCAAUGAAUUAGGAAAAUUGAAAUAUGAAUAUUCUAAAUUAGAAGCUCAAAACACAACAUUAAAUAAUCAAUUAAUUUAUCAAACAAAAUGUACAAAUAAUUUACAAACCGUAUUAGAACAAUUUCAACGAGAUCGUGAUCAAUAUAUUAAUGAAAAUUUGAAACGUUAUCAUGACGCAUUACGUGAACAAACGACAAUUGCGACAACAUUAACAAAAGAAAAUAGUGAAAUUCGUUCAAAAUUAGCCGAAUACGAUGAAGCAUUAGGUGCAGCUAAGCGUUUAACAGAACAAAUGGAAAAAAAAGAUCAAUUAAUAAGUGCAUUAAGACAAGAAAUUCAAAAUAAAGAAAUAUUAUUAAAACAGUUUGAACAACAGUUAAAAGAUAUAAAUAUAUCGAAUGUAACUCGAGUAGAAAAACAUUUAGUUAAAAAUAUUCUACUAAGUUAUUUUCAUACACCUCCAAAUAAACGACAGGAAGUUAUACCGUUGUUAGGAGCACUUGUUGGAUUUACACAAGAUGAAUAUCAAAAAGCUGUUGAACAGACGAUGCAUGGUCAGAUGUCUAGUGGUGCCAAUGGAUGGUUAGGAGGAUGGUUUUCAGGUGGUAGUGAAGCAAAUACAGCUAGAACAAGAACACAAUCAGCCACUCCGUCAUACGAUCCGAAUAAAUCUUUUACCGAAUUACUUAUUCAAUAUGUCGAUCAACAAUCUGGCACCGAUUCCAUUCGAGCUAAAUUUAAUACCGAAGACUAUAUGAGUAUGCAUUCAAAUAAAACUAAUGCAUCGAAUGGAGGAGGUUUACUUUCUAAACCACCUUUAUCAGCUACAAAUCCAUUUCUAAAUAGUACACCACAUCUAAAACAAUUAACUCCCGAUAAUAAUGGUAGUCUCAGUACUAAUCAUCAACAAAUUUUUUCGCCUGUUAUAAUUAGUUCAUCAACUACAACGACUAAUUCUCACCUACCUUCAGAGUCAUCCUCAUCAACCAUACUCAAAGAUCUUUUAAAAUCUUGA